GUAUGCCCACCCCAAGACCGUUUUUCCAUCGCUUUCCACGGCGGCCAUUCCGAUUCCGAUCCUCCACCUCUAUUGGUCACCGGGCAGCCACGCCCACGCGUGAUGGGGGCGGGACCACAUCCUGCCGCCGCCUCUUCUGGUCCCGCCGCCGCUCCGAUCCAUGGAGCAGCAGCCGCUCCUCCGUGGUGGCUGCCACACGCACACGCCUCCGCCGCCACGCCGCCUCCCCUGCUCCUCCUCCCUCUGCCGCCAACCACCACGAGCCUGCCGGACCCUCUCUGUUUCAUGGAGGGGCCGCGCGGUUCAUCCCGACCUCCACCGCGCCCGCCUCGUAGACGUCACCACCUGCGCCGCCGCCACCGCCGCCAAGACACAAGACGACGACGCUCUCGAUCGGAUCGGAGCUACCAAGCAUGCUUUCAAGAGUAUAUUGGCCAGCCUCCCUAAGCCUGGUGGUGGUGAAUACGGCAAGUUCUUCAGCCUUCCUGCACUAAAUGAUCCAAGGAUUGAUAGGCUUCCCUACUCCAUCCGUGUUCUCCUGGAAUCGGCUAUCCGCCAUUGUGAUAACUUCCAAGUUACAGAGAGUGAUGUCGAGAAAAUCAUUGAUUGGGAGAACACAUCUCCAAAGCUGGCUGAGAUACCUUUCAAGCCAGCGAGAUGCAUUCUAAUGGACAACACUGGAGUCCCAGCAGUUGUAGACCUUGCAGCUAUGCGUGAUAUGAUGCCAAAGUUGGGUUGUGAUCCCUACAAGAUCAAUCCACUGAUUCCCGUGGAUGCUGUUAUUGACCAUGCAGUGCGAGUGGACUUUGCAGGGAGGCAUGAUGCAUUGGAUAGAAACGAGGAGCUGGAGUUCCAGCGCAACAAAGAAAGGUUUGCUUUUCUUAAAUGGGCAUCCAAUGCUUUCCACAACAUGCAGGUUUUCCCCCCUGGUUCUGGCACUGUACACCAGGUAAAUAUUGAGUAUCUUGCCCGAGUUGUCUUCAACGAAGAUGGCAUUCUGUACUUCGACAGUGUGGUUGGCACAGACUCGCACACCACUAUGGCUAAUAGUCUUGGAGUUGCUGGUUGGGGAGUAGGUGGUAUUGAAGCGGUUGUUGCAAUGCUUGGCCAGCCAAUGGGCAUGGUUUUGCCUGGUGUAGUUGGAUUCAAGUUGAGUGGGAAGUUACGGGAUGGUGUCACUACGACUGACCUUGUUCUUACUAUGACCCAAAUGCUAAGGAAGCACGGUGCUAUUGGCAAAUUCGUUGAAUUCUAUGGUGUUGGUGUGGGCGAGUUAUCUUUGCCUGCCAGGGCAACAAUCGCCAACAUGUCUCCAGAAUAUGGAGCUACCAUGGGCUUCUUCCCUGUAGACCAAGUAGCAUUGGACUAUCUCAAAUUGACAGGCCGAAGCGAUGAAACUGUGUCGAUGAUUGAAGCAUACCUGCGAGCUAACAAGAUGUUUGUGGAGCACCAUGAGCCUGAGACAGAACGAGUUUACUCUUCAUAUCUGGAGUUGGACCUUAGUGACGUGGAGCCUUGCGUUUCAGGCCCCAAAAGGCCUCAUGAUCGUGUCCCUUUGAAGGAAAUGAAGUCAGACUGGCAUGCUUGCCUGGACAACGAAGUUGGUUUCAAGGGCUAUGCAGUGCCAAAGGAACAACAGGGUAAAGUUGUGAAAUUCGACUUCCAUGGACGGCCAGCUGAAAUCAAGCAUGGCAGUGUUGUUCUUGCAGCAAUAUGUAGCUCCACAAACACAUCGAAUCCCAGCGUCAUGAUUGGUGCUGGCCUUGUGGCAAAGAAAGCCUGUGAAUUGGGCCUUGAGGUGAAGCCAUGGGUAAAGACAAGCCUUACCCCUGGAUCUGUGGUUGCUACGGAGUACUUGAAACAUAGUGGCCUUCAAGAUUAUCUGAACCAGCAAGGGUUCCAUGUCGCUGGGCAUGGAUGCGCCACUUGCGUCGGCAACUCUGGCGACCUGGAUCAAUUUGUAUCAGCUGCUAUCAUCGAAAAUGAUAUCGUUGCUGCUGCGGUGCUGUCGGCCAACCGAAACUUUGAGGGCCGUGUGAACCCUCUCACUCGGGCUAACUACCUUGCCUCGCCGCCUCUGGUUGUUGCCUAUGCUCUUGCCGGCACUGUUGACAUUGACUUCGAGAAAGAGCCCGUUGGAGUUGGAAAGGGUGGCAAGGAAGUUUUCUUGAGGGACAUAUGGCCUUCAAACCAAGAAAUCGAUCAGGUUGUCGAGUCCAGCGUGCAGACUCACUUGUUCAAGAAAGUGUAUGAUUCCAUCAUGGAACGCAACCAUAGGUGGAACGAGCUGCCAGUUCCAAAGGUGGCGCUGUACCCAUGGGAUGACAACUCCACCUACAUCCGCAAGCCCACCUACCUUGAGGGCAUGUCCAUGAUGCCACCUGGUCCACCCACGGUGAAGGAGGCCUACUGCCUGCUCAACCUUGGGGACAGCAUCACCACGGACCACAUUUCCUACUCGGGGAAGAUCCCCGAGGGCACCCCUGCGGCCAAGUAUCUGCUCGAGCAUGGCGUGGACCCCAAGAACUUCAGCUCCUACGGCGGCCGCCGUGGCAACAACGAGGUGGUGAUGAGGGGAGCUUUUGCCAACAUGAGGAUCGUGAACAAGCUUCUGGGUGGCAAGGCUGGUCCCUGGACGAUCCAUGUUCCUACUGGGGAGAAGCUCUAUGUUUACGACGUGGCAAUGAAAUACAAGUCGGAAGGCCAUGAUAUGGUCAUUAUCGCUGGUGCUGAGUAUGGCAGUGGUAGCUCUCGUGACUCUGCUGCCAAGGGACCAAUGCUACUGGGUGUCAAGUCGGUGAUUGCAAAGAGCUUCGAGCGGAUCCACCGGAGCAACUUGGUUGGAAUGGGGAUCAUUCCUCUCUGCUUUAAAGCAGGAGAGGAUGCCGAUUCACUUGGCCUCACCGGACGUGAGCGCUACACCAUCCACCUCCCUACCAGCAUUGCUGAGAUCAGUCCUGGCCAGGACGUGACAGUCACAACCCACGACGGCAGAUCCUUCAUUUGCACUCUUCGCUUGGACACACAGCUUGAGGUGACAUACUUCAACCAUGGAGGCAUCCUUCCCUACAUGGUCCGCAACCUGGCAGCACAGAUGAAAUAAGUUAAAGUUUAUUGGUGGGAAUAAAUUAAAAGGUAGUUUAAUGCCACGUAUUUGGCGCAUGUCUGUAAAUAAGUGGCACGUGCAAAUCUUCACUUGCGCUCUUCGCUCUGGCAUUGAGGUGGAUCGGAACUGCCAUAUACUUUCUCCGCAGCACAUGGGCAUGAAUUUUGUUUUAGCACCGAUUAUUUGUACUCUUGAUUCUUUGGUUACAUGCCCUCUUCGGUCCUCCUGAUGUUAAUUUGCUUUGCAAACAAUAUCAGCGUGCCUUUGUAGAUUUCGAAAUGGAUAUAUAUGUCCUAUUGAAAUUUGCUGUCUAUUGUUAUUUCUAUUGAA